CCGAGUUCGGGGCGAAGUUGUGCUCAUACCCUGGCUGUCGUCAACACGACUUUCUUCCAUAUGCUUGCCCAGCGUGUGGCCAUGUAUUUUGCUCCGAUCACAUGGCGAUCGGCAGCGGGCAUCGAUGCGACCAAGGAGACGAGUACCUCGCGUCGGCUAUUGAAGAACUCUCAGCUAGCCAUGGACAAGGCGGCCACGGAGAAGGGGAAGAGGAUGUCGACCCAGGUCCAUCGCAUGCUUCUGAAGGCGAAAGCGGUGGGAGACAAGAAGCUGCGAAUGGAAGACCGGUUCUUCCUUGAGGUGCAUUACUGUGGCAACGACACCGACGUGCACCACCUUUUCUUCUCCCGCCUGUGGACGGUCGGCCGAGCUCUGGACCACAUCUUGAAAACCCGGCGACGGCAUAUGCGGCUGAAGGCUGGGGAGGAGGCUCGGCCGCUGGAGCUCGCGCGGGUCGGCGCGAGUAGCGGGCUGCCAACAGGGGGGAUCUUGAACAACUUACCCCCGGAGCAACUGCAGUCGUUCGACGCUGUCAUGGUGCGGCCACGAACCCUACCGCCAGCCGGUUCUUCUGCCUCCGAUACCUCGGCGCAGGGAGGCAGCAGCGACUCCGCCGUCGCCGCUCCGGGGUUGAACGUGGAGGGUGCGCCGGAUGACUUGAAAGGGAGUGGUAUUGGCGGUGAUGAAGAGCCCAAUAAGCAACAGCAGCGGCAGACGGGACACGUUUUGAGCACCUGUGCUGUAGGAGCGAAAGCAUCAGGGUGUGAAGAAGCAGGUGAAGGUUCGGGCGUGACGUCGGCGGCAGCAGGAACACCAGCGACGAACGCCAGCGGCGGGGCUAGCGAAGAAGGAGGCGGAGGAGGGGGCAUGACCAUUACGGUUGGCCAUGGCAAGUCUGUCUACGAGCUUGGCGGAGUGAUGCCCGACCGAAUGAGCGUGCUUGACCUCAAACGACGACUGGAACCCAUCACCGGCGUGCCGUUCCUACGGCAGAAGCUCCUGUUCAAGGGCAUUUUGCGCGAUGGGGACAAGAUCGGCGCAACGAAGAUUGUGGAGGGGGCAAAAGUCAUGCUCCUUGGCACGGUGGCCGCUGCUGCGAAAAAGUGA